UUUUACUAUUAUCUCUUUCAUAAAAGGCGCCGCGUGAAGUUGGCAUAUUUCUUCACAAGUGACCGAUAAAUUUUUAUGUUUAGACGUAGACCAGUUUGAAUUCAUUGAAUUGAAUUACUUCUUGACCGUGUGAAUUAUUAAUAUAAAAAUAUAAAAAAUGUCUACGACAGAAGCACAAAUAGGUGUGAAUACAAAUUUGCAAAAACAGGAUCUUGAUAAUUUGGAUUUAGAGAAUUUAACUCCACUCUCUCCGGAAGUUAUUUCGCGCCAGGCUACAAUUAACAUUGGUACCAUUGGACAUGUAGCCCACGGUAAAUCAACCGUAGUAAAAGCUAUUUCUGGAGUGCAAACUGUUCGCUUUAAAAAUGAGCUGGAAAGAAAUAUUACUAUUAAGCUCGAACGCCUGAGUGAAAAAAAACUUCGCGCUUUAAUGAGUUCGCCAAAAUUGCUGCGCGAUUUUGAAACGAAAUUAGACGAAAAACGCCGUAAUAGUUUGCCCGUCGUUCAAGAACAGCGAGCUCUCCGAGUGUGUAAUCAUAAGCAUCGCAGUGUCAGCGUAGAUACGCAGCUAACUAGUACUUCGGCACGCAGUAGCAGUCUCGGCGAAACCCAAUCAACUCGUGGUAACUCGACAAGUCCCAGCAGUGGUUAUGAGAGUCAUUCUGAAAGUGCUCCAUCUCUUUAUUAUGAUCAGAAGCGCAGCUCUAGAACGCCGCGUUCACAUGUCUUCACAAAUGCAAUUAACACAAUAAAGGAUUCACCAACAGUGGGCAAAAAAAGAAAUAAACCCGAGUCUGACAACAACUUAGCAGAGCCUGAGGGUGAAGAAACACCUAUUACGAAGCGAAAAAAGCUAAAACGAUUCAAAGGAAAUGAAGAGUACAUUGUAGAAUGCAUAGAAUCGAUUGAGUCAGUUAAUGGAAAUCCUAUAUUUUUUGUCAAAUGGUUCGGAUAUCCUACCGAAACGAAUACGUGGGAGUCCCUCAUCAAUGUAUGUGAAUGUGCACUAUUUGAACCAUUCAUUGAAUCGCGUUAUACACUGCAUGAGUAUAUUAUUUCAAAAAUAACAACAGAGAUUGAAUUGGAAAUUGCGGAGAAGGGCCUUUGUUUUGAUAUGACCAACUUACAAAUAGAUAAAUUGGAUAAAUAUGAUCCUCUAGUAUUGAAGGCGGACUUAAUAUUAUUGGCACAAUUCCGUGCAUGCCGAUCUCGUAACCAACGAGAACCCGAAAAGAUUCGUAAACGUAUUCUUGAUAUGAUGCUUAUGAAGCCUGUCUAUUAUCGCCGUAAGCAGCAACAAAUGGAGCUACAAUCAUUUCAGAAGCGUAUGAACCAAGUAGAAAGUACUGCUCCGAUAUCGAUUGAGAAUUUCGUCGAUUUGGAAGUCAUUGAUCCCACUUUUAAAUACAUUAAAGACAGUUUCGCCGGGAUAAAUGUGAAAAUCCAAGAAGAUCCACCAAUAGGUUGUAAAUGUGAAAACGAUUGCGCACCAUUAACUUCGUGCUGUGCACGGAUGGCGGAUAGUUAUUUUGCUUAUGAUAAGAACGGCCGUUUACGAAUCAGACCUGGAGAAGCAAUUUAUGAAUGUAACAAUAAAUGUUUGUGUGACGAGAAAUGUGUGAAUCGCGUGAUACAGCGUGGACGCAAUAACAACCUUUGCAUAUUCCGUACUUCCAAUGGUUGCGGUUGGGGUGUACGGACUGAGAAACCUUUGCGUAAAGGAGAAUACGUGUGUGAAUAUGUGGGCGAGAUAAUUACCAGCGAAGAGGCGAAUGAUCGUGGCCAAACAUAUGACGCCAUUGGACGUACUUACCUCUUCGAUUUAGAUUACAAUACCUCGGGAGAGAGUGUGUAUACAAUUGAUGCGGCGCUCUAUGGCAAUAUAUCGCAUUUUAUAAAUCACUCAUGUAAUCCAAAUUUAGCGGUGUUUCCUUUCUGGAUUAACAACCUGGAUAUUAACAUGCCUCGUUUGGCGUUCUUCUCUCUUCGACCAAUAAAAGCUGGAGAAGAAUUGACUUUCGAUUAUGUGCGCACAGACUAUGAAAAUUUGUCAGCGGCAGAGAAGGUUUCUUGUCGUUGUGGUGCAGAAAACUGCCGCAAAGUAUUGUUUUAAUUAAUUGUACAAAAAAAUUACUAAAACAUAAUUUAAUUUUAAUUAAAAAGAAAAUACAAUCAAGAAUAUUUCUUUCAUAUAAAAACAAUUGCUGACAUUCGGCUAAUGGACAAAAUUUCGAACGCAAUUAUUUUAUAUUAUAUUUUAUCUAAUUAUCAAAAUAAUUCAUUCAGAAAGUUUCACACAACUAAAACAUAUUUACAUGUUUAACUAGGAUAUUUUGGAUAUAUUUUAGAAUAAACUAUUGUUAAGUAUUAUAUCAUACAAUUUAAUUCUCACUGCCUUAAAGGUUCUGUUAAUUUUCCAUUUAUCUAUUUUAAUUAUAACCAAUUUUAAGUAGAAAUAAUUAAGAGGUUUUUAAAUAGAGAUAAAAUAAAAUUUGCUAAAACAGUAUUGAAAAUAUUUUUACUUGCUUCCUUAAGGCGAGGAAUA